UUCACUUUAACAGACACGCGCACACCUCACCUUCUCUCUGCUCCUCUUUUCCAUUUCCAAGUAGCGCAAUGGAAACAAGCUUGUCUUCUUCACUGCGCGAACCUCACCAUUUCUCUCCGAACUUGGGCUUUCGAACCGCAAACCCUCUCCUCUUCCAAGCUUCAAAGCGCAGUUCCUUGAGGACUCUCAAGCUAGGGUUUCUCCGAACUAAUUCCUCCAUUUCGUCUUCCACAACUCAACAGGACAAAGACUCCGUGAACUCUGUGAACCCCGUCUACGUCCCCACACCUCAAAAUCGAGACCUACGAACCCCUCACAGCGGGUACCAUUUCGAUGGAACGAGCCGGAAAUUCUUCGAGGGAUGGUACUUCAAGGUUUCGAUACCGGAACGGCGGCAGAGCUUCUGCUUCAUGUACUCCGUUGAGAAUCCUGCGUUCCGUAAGAAGCUGACGCCGUUGGAAGUGGCUCAGAACGGGCCUAGAUCGACGGGUGUCGGUGCUCAAAUUCUGGGUGCAUAUGACAAGUACAUUUGUCAAUAUUCUGAAGAAUCUCAAAACUUUUGGGGAAGCAGGGAUGAGCUUAUGUUGGGGAAUACUUUUGUAGCAGAAAAACAGUUGAAGCCUCCAAACAAGGAGGUUCCUCCUAAGGAAUUUGAUAGGAGAGUGAUGGAAGGUUUUCAAGUCACCCCACUAUGGCACCAAGGUUCCAUUCGUGAUGAUGGCAGGUCAGACUAUGUGGAAACGGUGCCAACUGCUCGUUGGGAAUACAGUACCCGCCCAGUUUAUGGCUGGGGUGAUGUUGGGUCUAAGCAGAAGUCUACUGCAGGAUGGUUAGCAGCUUUUCCUGUAUUUGAACCCCAUUGGCAAAUAUGCAUGGCUGGUGGAUCGUCAACAGGUUGGAUAGAGUGGGGUGGUGAAAGAUUUGAGUUUCAAAAUGCCCCUUCUUAUUCUGAAAAGAAUUGGGGUGGAGCAUUCCCAAGAAAAUGGUUCUGGGUUCAGUGUAAUGUUUUUGAAGGUGCUAGUGGAGAAGUUGCACUCACUGCAGGUGGUGGGUUGAGGCAACUACCUGGAUUAACAGAGACUUUUGAAAACGCUGCAUUGAUUGGAGUUCACUAUGGUGGAAAGUUUUAUGAAUUUGUACCGUGGUAUGGUGAUGUUAGUUGGGAAAUUUCUCCUUGGGGUUACUGGUCCAUUGCUGCAGAGAAUGAAACACACAAGAUUGAAUUAGAGGCAACAACAGAGGAUUCUGGUACGACAUUGCGUGCUCCAACAGCAGAAUCUGGACUUGCCCCAGCUUGUAAAGAUACUUGUUUCGGUGAGCUAAAACUGCAAAUGUGGGAACGAAGAUAUGAUGGCAGCAAGGGGAAGCUGAUAUUGGAUGUUAAAAGUAACAUGGCCGCUGUAGAAGUUGGAGGAGGACCAUGGUUCAGUACUUGGAAGGGCAAGACCUCCACACCAGAGCUCCUUAGCCGGGCUCUCCGAGUUCCGGUUGACGUGGAAGGGGCGUAUAAUUUGGUUCCAUUAUUCAAACCCCCUGGUCUGUAGCCUGUUUGAUCACUGCUCUCUUGAAGGAAAGCAAAGCAUUGUCACCCAUGCCGUGCACACCAGUCCCAUAGAUGUGCGUCUAAAAGUGUAAUACAAUAGCACUAUAACCUUCUACUUCAAAAUAAGCUUGAAGACAUGAAAAUGAGUAUUGAGUUCCUUUGUAUGCUAAAAAAUUUAUCCAAGAGUGACGGGCAUCAAGUAGUUUAUUUUAGACUGGUGUGCUUUGAAAAUUAUAUGGUACCUCAAACUCAGACUUGUGGGCUUAUUAAUAUGGCCUCAA